AUGUACGCCCCACCGGAUCACAUGCGAAAUAUCUGUUUAGAAGAGGCACCGUCUGAAUCAAUUUUUGGUUCCCACAUAACAAACUAUAGUGAUGUUGAUUUAUAUGAGGGAAUGGAGUUUGAAGACAAGGAGGAGUGCGUUGCUGCUAUGCAACAUUGGCAUAUCACCAAUAAUCUUGAUUAUUGGGUAUACAAAUCUGAUACGAAGAGAUAUGUCAUCAAAUGCAAAAAUCCAACUUGCAAAUUCAAAUGUAGAGCAUCAGUUCGCAAGAAGAAUUCUAAGUGGAUGAUAGGUAAGUUGAGUGGACCACAUGUCUGCACAACCACUUCAAUGUCGCAAGAUCAUAGACAACUUACAUCAGAUAUUGUCUCUCACUGCAUCAGAUAUUGCAAUCCACGCAAGCUCAUAAUUUCUCAUAUAACAGGAAAGUAUGGUUAUAAUAUAUCUUACAGGAAAGCGUGGAUUGCAAAGGUAAAGGCCAUAGAAUCCUUGUAUGGAAACUGGGAGACAUCUUACAAUGACCUUCCACGAUGGUUAUUGGUAAUGAAAACAUAUCUGCCUGGAAUGAUAAUAGACUUGGAAACUUUACCUGCAUUUUCAAACGAAGGAAGUCAGUUGGGUGAUAAGAUGAUAUUCCAUCGUCUAUUUUGGGCUUUUCAACCUUGCAUCCAUGGUUUUGCCUAUUGCAAGCCAAUUGUUCAAGUCGACGGAACAUGGUUGUAUGGAAGGUACAAAGGGACAUUGUUGAUGGCUGUGGCGCAGGAUGGGAAUGGUAACAUUUUUCCAAUUGCUUUCGCUAUUGUCGAGGGUGAAACCAAGGAUGCUUGGAGUUUUUUCCUUCGUAAUCUAAGAAUCCAUGUGACAGCCCAACCCAAUCUAUGCCUAAUAUCAGACAGACAUCCAUCGAUUAAAAGUGCCUAUGAUGAUCCUGCAAAUGGAUGGCAAAAUCCUCCGUCAUCACAUGUCUAUUGCAUAAGGCAUAUCGCGCAAAAUUUUAUGCGUGCGAUUAGAGACAAAGAACUACGUAAAAAACUCGUCAACAUGGGAUAUGCAUUGACGGAGUCAACGUACAAUUACUAUAGAACCGAAAUUCGUCAGACAAAUAGAGAUGCUAUGGAGUGGAUUGAAAAUAUCCCCAGGGAGAAGUGGGCAAGGGCGUUUGAUAGAGGGCAACGAUGGGGACACAUGACGACUAACCUUGCAGAAGCAAUGAACUCUGUGCUAAAGGCUACCAGAAAUCUUCCAAUAGCGUCUUUGUUUUCGGCCACAUAUUUUCGGGUGGGAGCAUUAUUUGGUCAACGCGGACAUGAAUGGACAAAGAGGUUGACAUCAGGCCAAACUUUUACAGACAAGUGUAUCAAGGGGAUGACUGAAGAAGUCAACAAAGCAAGCAGUCAUAAUGUUUACCAGUUUGACCGGGAGAGGUUCUAUUUUAUGGUGGCCGAAAGAAUAAACCGCAACGAUGGUCGUCCAACUGGUACUUACGGUGUUGAUCUGCGAAAGCGAACAUGUGAUUGUGGAAAAUUUCAAGCGUUCCAUUUGCCUUGCUCACAUGUGAUUCCAGCAUGUGAAAGUAUACGCCAAGACUACACCAUUCACAUACCCGACGUGUUCAAGAUACAACAUGUUUUUAAAGUCUACCAACAAAGCUUCCAGAUCCUCCCACAUCAAGACAAUUGGCCUCAAUAUAGAGGGCCUACUCUUUGUCAUGACGAAACUAUGCGUAGGAAAAAAAGAGGCCGCCCUAACAGUACUCGGAUUCGAACCGAAAUGGACGACGUGGAAAAGGAAAAGAGAAUGUGUGGGAUAUGCCGUGAAGUAGGCCAUAUCCGAAGUAAAUGUCCAAAUGUAUCAGGCCCGUCCAAUAGGCCUCCUUAA